UGUGUGUGUUCAGCCUCCGUCCAAAUUCCUCGCUUCAUCGUGUAGAUUAUCUGCUUGCUCAGAUGCUAUCUUCUUCAUUCCUUGACACUACAUACUUCUUUGUGUGAGCGGUAAAAGGUGUUGAGGUGUAAGCUGCUCUUCCUUAAGUCAUUAUUUGCUCUGUUGUUUAAAUUUGUAACCGUAUCUACAUCUUAUAUAUAACAUAUUUAUUAAUGUAAUAAGAUUCUCCUACUGACUGAACUGAUCCAACCACGCUAUAACAACACGUUUCUGUAACAACAACAUGCAGGAGAUAUAGCUUUAAUUCCUGACUUUUAGUGUAAAACACCUACGACAGUAAUUGACUUUAUCUUCUGCUUGUUGUCAUCACUGACUAACAUUUGAUAUUCUCACUAUUUUACUAGGCCCAACAAGACAUUUCAAAGAUUCAGGGUGUUUUGUUGGGUUUUUUUUUCUCCAAACGUGCCCCCCUGUGAGUGAAGCCUCUUCAUGUUUAUAUUUCUUGCUAUGUUUAAAGGAUGUUGUUGGGUGUGCACAGCCUCCCCCCGUUGGCCUGUGAACCCCACUGCUUUUCAACAUUCUCUUCACUUGCGGCUCCCAAAGUGGGGGGCGCCUACAGGGAUGCAGGUUUUGCAGCUUUAUCUAGGGGGCAAAUCAUUUAUUUAUAAUUUUAUAUCCUGUAUUCAACAAGAAUAUCACUUUUGUAGAAAUGACAGUGUUUAAAUACUGUAAAUGUUCAGUGGAGCUAUAGAGCAAUAGCUUUGAAUGCAAAUUAUUGUGGAGGGGCUCCACAGUUGUCCUGUCUUUAAAAAGGGGGCGCUGCAGAAUACGUUUGGGAACUACUGAUUUAUAAAUAUAUCUUGUAUUUUCAAUCUGAAAUUUGUAGUAAUUAGUAGUCAGAGGGAUGAAUGUCUUCACGACCAUCAGGGGAAGCAGAAACGCAUUAUUUGCUGUAGAAAUGUGGAUGCUGUGCUGCAUUUUUUCCCCACAUCUUGAAACCAAUGUUUGCUUUUGUUCUUUGGGACUGGGAAGAACUAAACGUCUUACUUCAACAAAUCAAAUAGUAAAUCAGGCUUAUACUGUCUUGAGUAGUUUGUGCGCAUGUGCGAGCACCUGUUGACAAUUUAGGCCAACUAGGGUAUAGCCCUGUACGACUCCACUGUCUGGCAGUGUGCCUUAUGUCUUACACAAAUCAAUCUUUAGGACAAUCCUUUUGACAUUUUUCCAAAAAAGCCAGGAGUAAAAGAACAAGAUUGUCCAUUUUGUCAGAGAUGUUAUUGACAGUGUACUGUUGCUAUAGUAAUAAGGGACAAAUGGCUUUAUGUUUGUUAACAAAAAAUGUUGGCUUUUUAAAAAAAAUAAAAAUAUUUAGUGAGCAAGGCAUAGAUCAGAUAGUUGGACAAAUAGAUGAGAAAAGCUGAUCCCAGUGAAAGCAUGUGUGAGAGGAUGCUGGAGAGUUCAAAUCUGUUUUGGAGUAGUGGAGGGCGAACUGCAGAGUUCCCAAAACAGACGAUAUGCAGCCAAACUUUCAUCACAUUCCAGAGGUUUUGUGAGAACUGCCAGUCCUCCUUGACACCACCAGCUGUCUAGUUUUCUUUUCUUAUCGUACCAUAGUCAAAUCACACAGAGGUUUAGGUUUUCACACCCUCAAACCUUGUCUUUAUAGAAAACAGGCAGCAUUCAUUUUCUUUAGCUUAAGUCACCCUAGGUUACAAAUGUUUGGGAUGUGAAGGAUUUUGGUGGUACACUAUUUUGGGUUCAUGCCACAAUUCCAAAUGUUGUAAAUGAAUUAUGUUAUGAUAUGUGUCAAAAAGAUCAUAUUUUCACAAAUUAAUAAAAUCUUACGAUUCCCAGAGGUGUCACAAAAAAGUUCUAAUGAAUGAAUGAAUGACUGAAUAAUGAAUUAAAGUACGAUUAGAAACGCUUUUUUAAUUAAUUUUCCUGUCCAUCUAAAACAAAGCAGAGAAGUGAACAGCAUCUGAAGAUAUAAUCGGCUCUGUGCAGAAUAUGAUUGCCCUUUUUAUAUACAGUAUGUAUAGUUUUCACAGAGCUGAUCCUUGCUCACACAGAUUGAGCUUUGAUAGGAUUCCCUUCUGCUCUGUUGUCUCUUCCUCAUAGAUAAGAAUGUUGAUAAGGAUACUUUGACAUUUGUUUAAUUUCCACUUGUAUACAAAACACAGUCAUAACCUGUAACCAAUGAGUGUGGCCAAGAAUCCAGUAGACUUGACAAUUUGAUUUGAUUUCUACAGUAGGGAAUAGAAAAAGUAAAAAUGAUAAAAAAAAAAAAAAAAACUCCCCAUUCUUAAUGUACUGACCUGCUGCAAGAACGACUUUAGUUUUCUACAGCUGCUGAGAAAACACUGUUCCACCAAUCAUUUUCUGUGAGAAACUCUUCAGAUAUGGAUCAGGAGGAGGGUCAAGCAACAGACGAUAGGAGGAGGUGUGUGUCUACAUGUGGGACACAGACAAGUUACACCAACUAACCCAAAUAUUACACUGGCUGUGGGCUGAGACGGUCAUAUGACGGAGUGUUUUUUUUUUUUAUUACUGUCUGUAUUCUUCAUGGUGUUCUGUCGACUGGAGUGAUUAUAUCCAUUGCGCAUGGCAUUUCUUUUGAGGGGAAAUAUAUCUGCUCUUGACUACACAUCAUCUGCAUGCACUCUUUGAUGCAGACCAUGGGAUUUGGGCUCUCAUUGAAUAAAUCACUGAGGACUGGAUGCUAAAAUGUGGACUUUAUCGUUCAUUUGGUUUCUGCAACUCAAUUUUCUAUCCCUGGGUUUAUACAACACCAGGAUACUGCAGCACAGGAGGAACCCCUCUGUAAGCAGAGAGUGUCCCACUGGAUGUGCAUCAUGUUCAGCCCUGAAUGGAUGUCUCUCCUGUAGACCUCGCUUCUUCCUUCACUUGGAGUUGGAUGGGAUCAGAGAGAGAGGCACUUGCCUCUCAACCUGUCCCCGGGGUUACUACGGCAACCGCUCACCACACAUAAACAAGUGUAAAAGGUGUAAAGAGGAGUGUGCCUUCUGCUUCAGUGAAAAUUUCUGCACCCGAUGUCAUGCUGGCACAUUUUUGAUUCGAGGCAAAUGUGAAAGCAGCUGUCCAAACGGACUGACAGCGAACGCAGUACUGCGAGAAUGCACAGAUUGCCCAACAGGCUGUAGGGCGUGUGUGAGGAGGAACAUGUGUGUGAGAUGUCGAGAAGGUCUGUAUAUUCUACAUGGGAAGUGUCACACCAGCUGUCCAAAUGGAACUGAACCUGAUGUCCAGCUCCUGCAGUGCAUCCCCAAGAUAAACUGUAAAGUUGGGGAGUGGACAGAGUGGGGUCCAUGUCUGCAGAAAGUUAACACGGAGGGCUACAAGAAAGGAGAAGAGUCUCGCACUAGACAAGUUCUCCAGUCCUCUGGUCCUGACGGCCACCCCUGCCCCCAUGUGAUUGAAGUCAGGAAAUGUGCCAUCAAAGACACAGAGUCCCUCAUCAAUGAGUUUCUGAAACUGCAGAGACAAUGAUCUUUUUUUUUUAAAUGCAGUUGUUAUAUGU